CCUUGCCUCUUGAAGGCCUCUGUAUGCUGCCUCGGCUCCCACCACAGUGACCGUGCUGCUUUGAGCAGCAGCCAUGAGAGGCAGCAGAGCAGAGCUGCUACAGCAACGAAGAAGAAAAUGGCUGCCACCAUGGCCCUGUUGAAGAAGAUGGAAAAGGGUGGGGGUGUCUUUGUUGACAGCUCCAAAUGGAAACGCAAAUCACUUGUGACCAUUGCCUUAACAUUUCUUACUAGCUCACAGUCUAUACUAAUCGCAUGGUCAAGAAAAUCUGGAAAGUAUGACUACAGUGUGACAACAGCCAAUUUUUUGGUGGAGGCCUUGAAGUGUGCUUUAUCACUCCUUGCUCUUGCAAAAAUAUGGAAUAGUGAUGGUGUUACUGAAGACAACAGGUUAGGUACUACCAUAGAUGAGGUUAAAGUAUACCCAAUUCCUGCAGCACUUUAUCUAAUCAAGAACUUGUUGCAGUAUUACAUCUUUGUUUACGUGGAUGCACCAAGUUACCAGAUAUUGAAAAAUUUGAACAUUAUUAGUACUGGUGUGCUGUACCGAAUCAUUCUUAAGAAGAAAUUAAGUGAGAUUCAGUGGGCUGCUUUUGUUCUUCUAUGUGUCGGAGUCACAACUGCACAACUCAAUUCCUCAUCAGAUCACGUUCUUCAGACUCCCUUUCAAGGAUGGAUUACGGCUAUUGUUAUGGCACUACUGAGUGGCUUUGCUGGUGUUUACACAGAGGCCAUCAUUAAGAAGCGUCCUUCAAGAAAUAUAAAUGUGCAGAACUUCUGGUUAUAUGUUUUUGGCAUGGUAUUCAAUGUUGCAGCAAUAUUUAUUCAGGAUUUUGAUGCAGUCCUGAACAAGGGCUUCUUCCAUGGUUAUUCGCUUAUUACAAGUUGCAUGAUUCUUAAUCAUGCACUCAGUGGAAUUGCUGUCUCCAUGGUAAUGAAAUAUGCUGAUAAUAUUGUCAAGGUAUAUUCCACUUCAGUUGCAAUGCUUUUCACUGCAGUUGUAUCUGUAUUUCUAUUUGGUUAUCAUCUGUCUCUUGCUUUUUUCCUUGGGUCAACGGUUGUGUCAGUCUCAAUUUACUUGCACUCCAUUGGGAAGAUCCAGAGAUGAUUUUAAAGACCUGGAGAUAAUUCUGGUUUGCUGCUUCUUAGAAGCUUGUUUGUCUUUUCCUUUUCAUUUCUUGGCUGCAGUUCAUUUUUUUAACAUAGUUAAAUUGGUUUACAAUCAGUCAUCAGUAAAGCAAUUCUUUUACAAGGUUUCCAGAGCUUCACGACCUCUACAAUUUCAAUUUUCCAUGCUUUUAUUUUCUUUUUUUUACUAGAUUGAUCCAACUAAUGAGGUCCAUCAUAAUGUUCUGGAGUUCUUCAGUGGGGGCAAAGCCACUCGGAGGCUCUCUGUUGAUUCAGCAAGGUUAAGUUAGACUGUUAAGUGCCAUUGCCUGGACCUUGACUUGUUAAUUACUACAAAACUGGGGAAAGACAAAUGCAAAAAAAGCGUUGGCAUUCUUUGGAUAUAGCUAAGCUUUAUGUCUUGCUUCCCCCCUUAGCCACUGCUGCAUUGCUGAUGGGGCCAGGCCCAUAAAAUUGUGACCACCUUGCAUGCCAAUUUUGCUGCGGAGAAAUAUCUUUGAGAAAAGCAAUAAUCACACACAUGGAAAAUAUCAUUCACACUGUAUACAUCACCAAGCUUGUGUUCAUUUUAUGACAAUUUAUAAUUGUGGGCCACAUAUGAAAUGCAUUGUUUGUGGUCGGAACUCUCUGGGCAGGAUGAACUGUUGAAGGUGAGAUCUCAGAGCAGAAAUGUUGCAGAAUCGAAGACAGUGCUAGCUGUGCUUCGACCAUGUCCAAUGUUUCCGUAAUGCCGAUCCUUGGUCCCCAUUCGAGUGGUAACAGGGCAUUUGAUGCUUUUAAGAAUUUGAAACUGUGCCGGAGAACUGCUUCGGGUCGAACUCUUCAAAAUUUUGCAGUCAUGGUGGACUGUUAUACUUGCACUCCAACUGGGAGGUGAACUGACCAGUGUCAAAAGUUAAUACGAUCAAUAAUUGUAACUCAUUGAACCUUACAAGGAAAUUCUAUUAUUCUAUAAUAUAAUCUAACAAAUAUUUUGGAUUUCUCAA